GAACGUAUCAAACGCCAUGACCAAUCCAACUAGAUUUUUCUACGACUUACAGUACUUGUCAAGAACAUCGAGGAAGUGCCUUUAGUUGAGAGUAUGAUCAUUGCGGGAGGAUAGGAAGGCCGUCUACCACUCAGUUAUUUUGAGAGUUCGCUCCGUUUUCACCAUGGGGCCAGUAAUCGUAUACCAGGCAAUCAUGUUCUUGGUUGUGACUACAGCAAGCACAGCAACUGCUUGCGACCAAACCUUUGGUGAUAAUUGCGAGUACCAGUGUCACUGUGCCAGUGUUGUAACUUGUGGUACUGACGGAUCCUGUUCUAACGGGUGUGCCAAUGGCUGGGAAGGAGAGUACUGUCAGCGAGGUAAUGUAGCUGCAGGAAGGUCUUCAAGUACAUCGCAGAGCGCAACGAAUGGUUCCUAUUCCGCCGCAUUGGCCCUUAAUGGUAACACGAACCAAGCCUUUUCUAGCUGCAGUCAUACGACCAAUCAAAACCAACCAUGGUGGAAGGUGGAUCUGGGGAAGGUGUACGUUCUCUUUACUGUGAAGAUUUGGAACACUAAGAUAUCGAAAAGUGAUGGAGAUGUAAGGGAGUGUAAGACAACCGAGAAAGGCACAGACUACAAGGGAACAAUGAACACAACGAGGAAGGGUUUCACUUGCGCUGACUGGCUUGAUGAGACAGUACACAGCCACAAUUAUAAACCUACAAACUCCAUCAAUUAUUGCCGGAACCCGUCCCCAGAUGACGACGACGAGCCUUGGUGUUAUACUACAAAUAAGGAAACGCGCUUCGAUCACUGUAAUGUUCCAUGGUGUCAAUCAAAACUGAAGAAUUUUGAAAUACGAAUGGAUGACAAUCACUGUUAUAAAUAUAAUGGGUCAGUUAAUUUUGUUGCGACACCGGAAUAUCAUCGAUGCGACACGCCUGUCGUCGGCAGGAACUUAACAAUCCAACUCCUGGAUUCAUCAACAGUCCUGACUUUAUGUGAAGUUACUGUACAAGCAUUUCAGUACAGAGCAUGCCAAACCAAGCAUUAUGGCCCUAACUGCAACAACAGAUGCCAGUGUGCCAAUGAUGACAAGUGCGACGACAAAACAGGAGGAUGUCCUAACGGAAAAUGUAAUGAUAGCUUCACGGGACCUUACUGCAAUAUAGAAAUACCAACAAUUUCAAUGAAUGCUCCUUCCACCCCGACUUCUAUCCGCAUCAAGUGGGUGUACAACAGACCUCACGACAGUACCUAUGAUGCUGGGAAGGUUGAGACGUUUGAACUUGUAUACAAUAGCACACCAGAUUCGUCAUCUGGGUACCUUGUGACAUCUCCGAAUCCUGGAUUGCUCACGGCUGACUUGACUGCCCUUAAGCCAUCCACACAAUACAGUGUCAGUAUUCGGCUUAUAUACAGCACAUCCAAGACUGGAUCUAUAAAUUCACCUUUUGGACCGAUGGCAAACUUUCAAACAGAGUCAUGCGCAGCCUACAUGGUGAUGCCGGUGAUAACAGUGAUAUCGAAUAGGACUGUCACAGGAUCAGCCUGGCCGAACAGAGUGUCACUUGUAAUAACUGCAGAGGUACCAAACAUGAUAGCUGCAUGCAAUAAACAGUUGAAUGUGUACAUCAAGAAAACCACUGAAUCAAGCUACGUCGAAUUAACAAAGACAGGCCAGACUUACACGAUGGACGGACUUACAGCAUUCACCGACUAUGACAUCAAGGCAACCGUAAGCAGCCCCGAUGGGAAACAGAAAGACAACAUUCAGACGAUUCAAACUGCAGAAGAUGUUCCGUCAGAGCCGACCAUUGCUGAAGCUGGAGCAAGCCCCAAUUCCGUGUCCAUCAAAAUAACCCCACCAGAUCCACCAUAUGGAGUAAUCACGAAAUACUCUCUUACAAUGUGGGAAGCAGGCAGCAGUGGAAAGACGUAUAGUUUUGGACCAACCAAUCUUACUCACACUUUUAGUGAGUUAGACUACUACACAACGUACCAUUUCCAGGCCCAAGCAUCCACAUCUGUCGGUUUUGGGGCCUGGUCCAAUGAGAUCAAUAUUACUACUGUCGAGAGAAUUCCUGGGCCACCAAACUCGCUUCUCGCGAAAGAACAUACGACCAACAGCUUAGUCCUCGUGUGGACCAAACCGAAAUAUCCCAACGGGAUCUUGAAAAACUACAAGAUGAUUUGUACUCCGUUGUUUUCCUAUGAUGAUGACGUCAACGCGAAGAGGACAAAUUACGUUAAAGAAUCCAGCCCGGGUCCUAAUGUAACGCAGCUCCAGGUUACUGACCUCACACCAGCCACUGAAUACAACUGUAGUGUUGCUGCACAGACAUCCAUGGGAUAUGGACCAAGUGUUUGGCUUACGAACUGGACCAAGCCAGAAGUCCCUGGGCCACCAAACACGCUUCUCGCGGAAGAACAUACGACCAACAGCUUAGACCUCGAGUGGACCAAACCAAAGAAUCCCAACGGGAAUUUGACUAACUACAAGGUGAUUUGUACUCCCUUGUUUUCUUACAAUGAAGAUGUCAACAGAAACAGGACGUCUUACGCGAAGGUGUCAAACUCUGACCCAGAUACGAAGAGGCUGAAGGUAACUGGCCUCACACCAGCCACCGAGUACAACUGUAGUGUUGCUGCACAGACAUCCAAGGGAUAUGGACCAAGUGUUUGGCUGAGGAACUGGACUAAGCCAGAAGAAGCCGUGGUACCAGAGAAUCUAUUUCCGAGUGUCUCUUCAAGCAAGACAACGGAUAGCACCAUCACUGUUGAAGUAUCGAAGAUGCCCAAGUCGUUGAAAACUGGUUCUAUAAAUAACAUACGCAUUGCUGUUGAGAAGCAACAAAAACGUCGCAGAAGGUCGACAUCAUUGCGAAAAGAAGAGCAUGACCAACUUACUGAUUAUGAAGCAGCCAAGAAGAAAGGCUACCCUGGUUACAUAGCAGCUGAACUUGCCGCCAACUUCAGUGGUCCAUUUGUUAUCGGAGAUGGCAAGACGUAUGGCGGUUAUAAGAACCCUCCUCUGACGAAGGGGCAGAAGUAUGAUGUCAUCUUCGGUAUGGUAUUCACAGUUGGCGGGCAAACAACCAUCGCCUACAGAAGAUAUGGAAACCCUAUCACGGUAGGAAGUGUUGAGUCCUCAGUUAAUGUCGUAGGCCUGGCAGCAGGAGUGACUGUUGGAGUUCUAGUAGUUCUGGCAGUUAUCAUAAUUCCUGUGGUUAUCAUUAUGAGAAAGAAGCGUGGCGAAAAAGAAGAAGCAACCGAAUCCCUCCCCACCCAGCUUCAUGACAUAACAAGUCCAAUCAUUAUGCCAGAAUUCGAACAAUAUGAAGUGCCUGCAACAAAAUAUAGGGUCUCAGAAUCAACUGUGCCAAUCGUCCCACCCGGUGCUGGCAAGGGGUGUUCAAAUCUCCAAGGUCGAACCAUAAAGCUUCCUGACCUUACUCCCUAUGUCAAGAGUAUCAGAGGGGAGAGGGCAAAGGAAUUUAAGAAUGAGUUUGAUGAGUUGCCAGUGAAUGCCGUCAAGUCCAUCAAAGAUGCAGAGAAACUGGAAAACUCGGCGCUUAACCGCUACAAGAACAUAGCAACCUAUGAUCACAGUCGAGUUGUCCUUCAACCCGUCGGCGAGGAGAUAUCAGACUACAUAAAUGCAAGUUACAUCCAUGGCUAUGAUAAGGAGAAAGCUUACAUUGCCUCUCAGGGUCCGCUUCCCGAUUCCGUUACGGCUACAUGGAGAAUGAUAUGGCAGGAACGCUGUGACACCAUCAUCAUGCUCACCAAGUUGGAAGAAAUGGGAAAGAAAAAGUGCGAGCAAUACUGGCCGAGCCAGGGAAGAAAGACCUAUGGACCAUUUACCGUACAGCUGGCGGAAGAAUACAAGUUUACCGACUACGUGAAGCUGAUCCUGAAGGUCACCUUGAAAGGUGAGGUGCACACUGUUAAGUUCUUCCACUUCACUGCCUGGCCUGAUCAUGGCGUCCCCAAAUUCGCUUGCUCCUUGCUAAACUUCAGGGCGAACGUUCUGAAGGAGACUGAGUAUGGGAAGGCGCCCAUAUUGGUACACUGCAGUGCUGGAGUGGGCAGGACGGGGACCUUCAUCGCUAUCGACUAUCUCAUUCGCCAAGGAAAGGCUGAGAAGAAGGUCAACUUCUACGAGUGUGUCCGCAAAAUGAGAGAACAGAGACCGAACAUGGUACAGAACCUGGGGCAGUACACACAUAUACACGACGCCAUUUUGGAGUUUUUCAAGAUAGGGAUAACGAACAUCCAAAGUGCCAACUUCCCUAAGAAGUACAGUGACAUGAUCAAAAUGAUACCGGGGAGGCAGACCUGUCAAUUACAGAACCAAUAUUCCAUUCUGGAUGCAUUCACUGAUGCCAUCAGCCCUUCAGAACCGGCCUUAGCAAACAUGAGCAGGAACAGAAAGCAGGGCAUUGUUCCAGAUGACCAAUCUCGUGUUGUGUUGACUUCACUAAUAGAUGGAUGGGAUGAUUAUGUCAAUGCAGUUUAUGCCACGGGUUACGGUGAGCGGGACAUCUACAUCAUCACACAGAUGCCCCUGCCGGAGACAAUGAAGGACAUCUGGCGGAUCGUGCAUGAUACGGGAAUCUCCACUAUUGUCAUGAUGAACGUGGUCGAUGAUACCUAUGAGUUUUCCACAGUUUAUUGGCCACAAGAGGGCGAGCGGGUAGAGUAUGGCCCACUGGUGGUAGAGGGCCUGGACGAGGACACCUCCAACAGUGAUAUCACUGCCAGGGACUUGAGGCUUUCCAAGAUGGCGGACAAAGGCGGUAAAGACGGUAUGUCGGGCCGAAUGGUCCGCCAUUUUCAGUUACAAAACUGGCCCGAUAGUCAGGCGACGCCAUCCUCACCGGAGUCGAUCGUGGAGCUGUUAGAAAUGGUGGAAAAGUGGCAACAAAAGGUCGAGAACAAGACGAUACUUGUGCAGUGCUUGGACGGUGCUUCCCAGAGUGGUGUCUUCUGCGCGGCGCAUUCCGUCAUUGAGAAGGUCAAGGUAGACCAUGAGGUGGAUGUUUUCCAGUAUCUCCGUCUGCUCAGGUCAAACAGACCACAACUUGUCAACACUUACGAGCAAUACAAGUUCAUCCACGAAGUUGUUCUGAAGUAUCUACAGGGAUUCGAUACCUACGAUAACUUCCAGUAACAGUUCAAUCUAAUUUCGGGCAAUUUCUUACAAUGCAUAUUCGUUACAUUGAUACGGAUAUCGGCAAGAGUGGAUUCGAUCAUUUAAAAGGAAUGUUGUUUCCACUUGAAAUGUUGCUGGAAAUUGUUUGUCACACCACAUCUGCGUUAGUCGAACCAACCCAACCAGGCGUGAUGCCUCGAGUCAUUUACUACAAGUAACCAAGUCCAAGACUUACAAGGAGGCACUUGAAUCUCAGAAUGAUCUCAGAAUCUUGUGAAUGAUGUGUGAACCAUCAGCUGAGCAUAUUGAUCUUAUAGACACUAGUAUGCUGGAUUUGUAUUAUUCAAUGUUACUCAAGAUAACAGUUCAAUCAUGACAUGAACUAUGUUUUACUUGUUCAAAGAAACUAUUAGCCAACCUAUCCUCUUAGAGCCGGCUUUUGGAUCGCUCCGAAACACACUCACAGAGAGCCUUGCUGAAAUUGGUCCUCCCACACAUGCAUGUGGCGGUCAGAAAGCAUUCAUACCACCAAGUAUAGAUAAGAGAAGAAUGAACAACUUUAAAUAACCCCACUGAUAUGCGAUUUUUUAAAUCGCAUGGUGCUCAGUUGCAAUUGACCCCUUAGCCAUUUGCUAUGCAACACCAAUACAAACAAGAUGAUACCUCUCUCAUCGAUAUACUUGCUAUGAUAACAGAGCUGCUUCGAUUUUAGUGAAAGGGCAAAACUAUGCAAAUUUAUUUAUUCUCCAUUUUUUUAAUUGAUCACGUAGAUGGGCGGGCACUCAGCCCUAUUUGUAUUUUUCAAAAAAUACUUUUUUGCGGCCAAUCUGCUGACACGGAUCAUUCCAUCUUAUGUUGAGUUCAUAUUUGUCUACUUGUAACGUGUAAAAUGAAUGUCAUUUUCGGGCCACUCUUACACGAAAUUACAAUGUAGGAGUUUUUCAAGUUACUGGGUAAGUUGCAUGGCCAGCUUUUCUGGAGGGCAAGCUGCAUGAUAUUAGAUGACACAAAAUGAGACAAUGAACAUUUUGAUGUCAUGGCCAAGAUAUCCCGGCAAUUCGGGCGACAUUCAGCAGGGCUUUUGUGAGUGAUCGAACGGUCUUAAAUGAUGCGAAAACUUCCCAACUGCUAUGUUUUGUAAACACCAUUUCAGUUACAAAGUUUCCUGUCGGAUAUUAAUGAAUUUACAGGAUUUUAUUUUUCGAUUUUCUUACAAUGUAUUUCCUUUAGGCCUACAUUAUAUCUAUUUAUUCAGGAAGGUGCUAUAUGAAAAUUACAUGUGAGUGUGUAUAUACGAUAGAUAAAUAAAGUACAUAUACAUUAAACAUUA